AGGUGUCAUGUGCAUGUUGACUUCCGUGUGUUGGGCUACAAUGUAAGAAGAGAGAUGAGGCUUUCUUGAGCAUUGCUGUUAGAGAGAGUGAAACCUUUUCAUCAUGACUGAUCUUCACAGCUGGUUCUUUACAGCCUGGAUUCUUUGUUUUCUGACAAUUUGUAAAUGCAGUGAAGUCAUCGUACAGAGUUUCGAGGGUGAGAGUGUCACUUUGCCAUGCAAAUAUGACAGCAAAUACCAUGGAAAAUGUGAAAUAUGCUGGAUGAGAGGAGACAUUCCCAAUAUGGGUUGUGGUGAUGAAAUUAUUGGAACUGAUGGAGAUAAAGUGGUGAGGAAAAAAUCAGGAAAGUACCAGAUGGUGGGAGAAAUACGGCGUGGCGACGUGUCUCUGACAAUUCUUAACAUUGGAAAAACAGACUCUGGCAAAUAUGGAUGCCGUAUACACGUUCCCGGACUGUUUAAUGAUGAGAUGUAUUACGUUCACUUGAUUGUUGAAGAUGCACUUAUUCCAACAACAUGGGAAACUACAUCCCUGUCGAGCAGCACAUCUGAAACCACAGGAGUAUUCACCACUGCCAUGACAGAGGCACCUGGUCCAACCACACCAGAGCCUUUGGUAACCAGUAGUUCUGGGCUUAUAACCCCUGAAUCACAGACUACUGAAACAUCAGGAGAAACGAAUAAAAUACAAGAGAAUUCUUCAUUCGUCAGUUCUUCAAAUGCUCCCGAGAGCAGCACUGUUGGACUGUGGACGUCUAAUACAUACGCAGAAACCACAGUUGAGGAUCCUGAAUUGUCCCAUGUGGAACACAAAGAGAGUGUAAAUGCAUCUGCAGUUAUUGUGCCUGUUAUCCUGUUACUGCUGGCUUUGAUAGUCAUUGUUGGCAUUCUGAUAUGGAAGCAAAAGAAGAAAACAAGAGCUGCAUUAGACAUAGCCCAGAACUCGGACAUCUCGGUCAUCUACAGUAACUCUGGCAGCACUGUGGGCCUGUACAACAGAGAGGUGGCUGUGGAAAAUGUCUAUCAAAUACAGACUGAAAAUGAAUAUGAACAGUGGCAUUAAUAUCUUGGCAAAUUCACAUUUAUUGUUAACGUUUAAGUUGAUCAGUGUGGAGUCUGUUUUCUGUAUUGUUUGUAAUAAUGUGACAGCAAUUGCUUAUCAGAGGAAUCCUUUCUCUGGACUAUCCUUUCUCUGAUGUCUAGAGGCUAACUGCAACACUAUAUCAUUAUUAAAACUAAUCUGAAGUUAA